AACCUAUUAAUCUGCAAUGGACCGAAAUUACAAGAUUGAGGACUUUGAAUGCUCAAUUGAGGCAAAACAUCUAGCCCGUUUUGAAGAGUACACGAGUCUGGGGUUGAUGGGCAAACCCAAAGAUAAUCUAAAACCAGAUGGCUCACUGAGGUUAAUCCUAGGUCUGAUCAUUGGAUGGCACUGUGAACAAUAUUCCAGGGAGACUUCUGAGUUCCAUUUUUUUUUUAAUGAACCCAUCCAAGUGUUUAUAUAAAUGAGGUGUUUUCAUUUUCAAAACACUUAUUUCAAGAUUUUUUUUCAUUCUCGAUUCUUACAAUACUUGCCAGAAGGGGAGUAAGGUGUUCCCUACUCAAGGGUGACUCUUCUUGAGAAGUGCAUUUACUAUUCAACUCUAUACAUGUAUGAUGCGUUUGCUCUCCAAACAGAUGGAAGAGAUAAAGUUAGCAAUAGCAUUGUUCAGUGGGUACAUCACAAACCAAAUAGCAAUGAAUAACAUGGCUGUCCCUAGAUGGGAGACUGCUGAACAUACUGUCCUUAACAAUCAAACAAGAAGUCCUGUGAAUCAUCUGUCUAGUGAUGAUUCAAAAGUCACAUAUCGAUGAGAUGUCAAUCUCCAGAACUUGGAUGUCCAGUACCAGGAGUCCACCUCCAACAUUAUGAGUUUGAUAAGAGUCUUGUUCGCUUCACCUCCAUUCCCUAUUUUCGGUUCAAAAUUAUGAGCUACAACAUCUUGGCCCAAACUUACAUUGAGAAGAACCUCCAAAACUCAUACUACUACAAGCAGUGUCCCUCCAGAUGUCUGGAAUGGGAUUAUCGUAGGGGUAUUCUACAAUCAGAGAUUCUGUUUGAGUCACCUGAUAUUAUUUGCCUGCAGGAGGUGGAAGCUAAUGAGAAGGUACGGGAGGAGCUAUUUCGCCCCUUUAAGGAACAGGGUUAUAUUGUCCUGUACGUCGAACGUGGCUUGGGUAUGCCAGAUGGUUGUGCCAUCUUGUACAGAGAUAGUAGGUUCAAACUAAAGGAGUUCAGCCCCGUGUUAUACCAGUGUCUCAAGUUGCAGUUGUUGAGCUAUCCCAACGUGGGCAUGGUAGUGAAGCUGGAGCUGAAAGAUUUCCCCGGCUACUGUGUUGUAGUAGCAAACACACAUCUUCUGCAAAACCCGCACCUCGUAGAUGUCAAACUAUGCCAACUAAUGGUACUGCUGGCAGAGAUGGAGAGGAUCGCCUCUUAUGGUACUGACAAAUAUCAUCCUGUAAUACUCACUGGUGACCUGAAUGUUUCUGAAUACUCUGGUCUGAUUUCUCUGCUGAGGAAUGGCCAUGCGGAUUGCAACCACAUACUGUCAUGUCACAGUCGAAAUAUCUUUACCCCACUGGGAGAAUCUUUGGCAGUACCCAAUGGCAUCUUGCGCAAGUACUUCAACAUUCGAUCUUCUUGCAAGGUUCACAAGUCUGCAGCCCUAUCACAAGAGCCGAAAGAUGCUAAGAAAAUUGAGAAUAAAAGUGCUCAAGGAAGGGGAAUGAAAUUGAUUCCCCCACUGGAUGAUACCUGUCGAUGGUGUUUGAACCAUCCUUUCAACUUUGAGGAUGUUUACCAAUUUGCCUUCAAAGCAUGUGGAGGUCUGGAAAACUGGUUUGAAAGACGGAAGUCUGUAAAAGAUUAUAUAUUUUACAGUGGAGGUCGUAAGCAACUUCAGCUAGUUUCUCGUUUGCAUUAUCCAUCAUGGUUGGACUAUAAGUAUUAUUUCCCGUACCUACCCAACCAAUUCUGUGCAUCAGACCACCUUCCUCUGACAGCAUCUUUUAUAUAUCCCAUACACUAAUCUUGUACAUAAUAAUCCCAGCUACAUGUGAUCACAUGCUCCUUUGGACUUGGAUUUCUGAAUCUUUGCUUUUCAAGCCUUGGGAUGUCAAGCUCCAUCCGUGCUUCACAACUUGAACACAUGAAUAGAACACACAUUUAGUAAAUAAGUUAAAUAAUAGGUUUUAAAACAUCCAGCCAGUCAGGCAAUAGCAGUAAGAGGGAUAAUGAAGGAGAAUCAUCUACUUUGAAAUGUUAUUACAUUUCAUUCUACAUUUUUAUUACAAAUAUGCAAUAUCAAACAAAUAUUUGUUUAUUUUUAGUGGACUAUAAUAUUAUAAUGUUCAUACAUAUUAGGCACAUAUUAGUUUUAUGAUGUAGUUUAUUAAAUAUAAUGAAUUCUGUUUCUGAAAUCAUUUAUUGUUUGUUAAAUUGUGUCAUCCCUUUUCCAAUUCGGUGUAUCUUCUACAAAGAUUUUAUCUGUCAUAACCUAAGCUAACACGAAAAAUUCAAUAUGAAGCAAUGAAAAUUUUAUUUUGUACUGCUUAUGAAGUAUAAAUUAAUUAACAAUAGACUAAAUAAUAUCUAAGAUUGAUAAGUUGAAACUCCAUAAAUGUUUAGAUAUUUUGUUUCGUAUGUAUAGUUCAAACCAGUAAAGUAGUAGUUAGUAAUGAAUCAUAGACAUAUGUAUUUCCUUUCCAAGAUUUUGAAACUUAAAAAUGACUGUCCCAUAUGUUUUUUCUCUGAUAUUUAUUAAUGUUUUCAGUAAAAAUAUUAUUUAUUAACUAGUUAGUUUUUUUUAUGUCAUGAUGAAUUUUAAGGUUUAAAACUCAAAUUCUUUGACUAUUAGUACAUACAGUAGUACAGUAAUUAGUACUGGAGAUAAAUAACUGCGGUAUAGCUCUAAUUUAAAUUAUGAAAACAUUAGUUGUGAUUGUUCUUUCUUACUUAAAAAACCACCAAAUAAUAUUUGAUUGUAUUGAAUUUAACCAAUUAUUUUGGUAAUGCUUGAAAUGAUGCUUUUCCUUAUUUUGCACUCCAAUAUAAUCUAAAUUGAACAACUGAUGUCAGAAACACAUUUAAAUUACAAAUAGAACUUUAAGGGUUCUCUUCUAAUCAGCAUGCUAGAGUAUGUGUAUGUGAGUUUUUAAUAUUAAUUUAUUUUAUUAUAGAUUAUAUAUUUUGUAUGUGCCUUACAUAUGUAUGAUAUUCUGAGUUUAAUUACUGAAUUUCGUACAUAAAUCUGUAAUUAAAGGUAAUUUUGUUAUAAAAUCGUUUUGUAAUAAAUAGGUGGGUAAACUUAAAAUGACACUGAUCAAGAUACAGUACUAUACUGAUAAAGGAUUGAGGGUAUAAAAUUAUUCUAGUUAAUUAAAUAAUGGGUAAAAGCAUAAAUGGCUAUUUUUUACCAGUCUAGUAUAUUUGUGAAUUUACAUAAACAGCAUAUAUAAAGAUACGAAGAGUCAUAUAGUAUAGUAAGAUUUGUAGCAUGCAAGAGUAAUGAUUUGAGAGUUAUCUCCUUAGCAUCUACAUACAACACAUUUUCACCGAUGGACUGUUUUGUUUUUCAGAAUCAGAAUCAGAAUUUUUAUUGCCGUUACAAAUGUGGUAUGCAUGGCAUCGUCAUCUCAUACAAAACAAAUUGUAUUAUAAAAGUAAAAUAUUCAUAACUAGACUAUGUUAGCUUCAAUAUGAUCUAUAACUUCAUCUAAACUGUAUGCUGCUAGAUUUACUAAGAUAUUUUUUAAGCAUUUCUUAAACCUAAUAAAAUCUAGACAUUUAAUAUGA